AUGUUCUUGAACAACGAGAUCAAGAAUGGCUACAACGAAAAGACAAUGGAAUACCUAGCGUGGUUGAAGACCCAGGGCGUCAAGAUCAACCCCAAAGUCACCAUAUUCGACUAUACCGCGGUCAACCAAGGUCGCGGAGUUAUAGCCACCGAGAACCUCGAGGCCGAUGAAGUGAUUGCGACGAUACCCAAGUCGGUCUUGGUCAACGUGACCCAGAAUUCGUUGGUUAAAGACUAUCCUCAUCUCGAGUACGAACUUGUGCAUUUGAACCACUGGGACGGGUUGAUCAUCACCUUGCUUUAUGAAUUUAGGCGUCGCGGCGAGAGUCGCUGGGCUAGCUACUUGGACGUGCUACCUACAUCCCAUUUCAACCAGCUCAUGUGGUGGAACUCCAACGAGUUGAACAUGUUGCAGCCUUCGUGCAUCUUGGAGCGGAUAGGCAAGGACUCGGCCCUCAAGAUGUUUGAGCGAAUAUUGAAGAUCAUCAACCGCUUGCAAAUCACCGAGUUGAACGAUGUCACUACUGAACAGUACAACGUGGUCGCCACGCUCAUCAUGUCGUAUUCGUUUGAUGUCGAAAUCACCGAUGCCGAAGAGGAAAAAUUGGAGGAUUUAGUGGCGAGUGAACGUAAAGCACGUCAGCCAACUACACCGCAGCAACAGCGGGAUAACGACGUUGUGCGCGACUUUGAUCGAGAAAAUGAGCUGGAGCGGGAGCAGGAGCAGGAACAGCGGGAAGAUGCCAUGAUUUCCAAUCUCGAGGACGUCGAGCAGAGACUAGAGGUGGCGAUAAUAAUCGACGGCUAUUUGAAGUCGAUGGUUCCCUUUGCUGAUACCUUAAACGCCGAUACCAAUUACAACAACGCCAUUGUCUCGGACGCAGAUGAAAACUUGGUCAUUAAAACCAUCACCGCUAUCAAAACCGGUGAUCAGAUAUACAACACCUACUCCGACCACCCCAACAGCGAGAUUCUACGAAGAUACGGCUACGUCGAAUUGGAGGGCUCAAAGUUUGAUUUUGGCGAGAUUCCAUUAUCGAUCCUCAAGCAGUUUUUCUUGGAAAAAUACAAUGUCGAUGAAGACAAGCUCGACUCGCUCCUCGAUUUGAUCGGCGAGAUAUCGAACCAGGAACAAAUGGACGAGCACUCCGAGGACGGCACAUUUGAGCUCGUGAUUGAAUCCUACGACUGUUUCAAGAGCGGCGAAGUGAUUGUCGAGUUGAUCUUCUUGGUGCAGUUGUUAACGACUUUUUUCCUCCUUGAUGAAAUCGUCGAGCUCAACCGUAUUCGUCGCGUGUACCGCAAAUGCCACCAGCUCAUUGAAUCCAAGACGGUAACGCUGGAUUUCAUAACUAACUUCAACGAGAUCUUCAAGGUGCGCAUGGACCAGUACCCGAACUAUGCAGCGCAACCGUUCAAUACGGUCAUCGCCAAGGAGAUUAGAGACGUCAUGGCGGAAACGGUGUUGAAGUCGGAGUAUCAGUCUUUGAGCGCAUGCAAGGAAGAUGUGCCGCGCACGUUGGAGUUGACGUUAGGGGAUAAGGUCAAGAUCAUCAAGGAUGAAAAAUUCCUCAGGGCGAUUAGGAAAAAGAGACUUGCUACUGAUGCCGAUGCUGAUGCUGAUGAAAAUGUCGAACAACCUCCAAUUAAAAAAGAUGUAAAAAAUAACAAUUCUAUAUAG